AGGUGAUCGAAGUUGCGGUAUAAAAUUCUAAUAAAAAUGGAAAAGAAAGUUUUAAUUACUUCAUUUAUUUUAAUCAUCAUAUCAGUUGUAUUCGCAAGUGAAAGAAGUCUAAAUAGAUCAGACUUUAAUUGCAGUGGUCGUGCUUACCAUAAUGUGACUAUGACUGCUUAUUACCCUGAUUUUAAUAGUGACAAUGAGUCCGAUUACUUGGAUGCUAGAAUGAAGAAAUUGAGGAAUUUGCAGGAUUUUCUUGAUGGACGAAACGCCUUCGUGACAGUUUCAAUGGACCUGGAUUCAGGAAUACCAUAUGGAACGAAAGUGUGCAUACCUGAAUUGAACGCGAAAUUGCAACGUCAAAUUCCGCUUCAGGUCAGGGACAGGAGUCACUACGACGAUGUUAAAUCCAAGUUACCAGACUUCUCCCAUGUAGACAUUUGUGUCAGAACCGAAGAAGACACUUAUGAUAAUUCCGUGAACGGCAUUGUGACGCUUUAUGUGUGA